AUGAUUUGGACCAAACAUGAAAAAGAUAAACAAGAUCAGAUUGCGUACCCAAGGGCAAUAUUUGAUGAAUCUGCAAAAAAGGAUGAGGAAGUGUUUCGCAUGGCCGUUUCUGAUCUCAACCAAAAUGAUGAAAUCCUGCAGACGGAGAAGAUCACCAUAUCUGUGACUUUUGUGGAUGGCAACAACCCAUUUCAAGCAGUUCAGGAAGCCUGCGAACUCAUGAACCAUGGGAUCCUGGCUCUGGUCAGCUCCAUUGGUUGUACAUCGGCAGGCUCACUCCAGUCUCUGGCAGACGCCAUGCACAUUCCUCAUCUCUUCAUCCAGAGGUCAACAGCUGGGACCCCAAGGAGUGGCUGUGGCACUACCAGGAGUAACAGGAAUGAUGAUUACACACUCUUUGUCCGCCCACCCGUCUACAUCAAUGAUGUCAUCUUGAGGGUGGUCACCGAAUAUGCCUGGCAGAAAUUUAUUAUUUUCUAUGACAAUGAAUAUGAUAUCCGUGGAAUCCAAGAGUUUUUGGACAAAGUAUCCCAGCAGGGAAUGGAUGUCGCACUUCAGAAAGUAGAGAACAACAUCAAUAAAAUGAUCACAGGACUCUUCACCACCAUGCGGAUUGAAGAACUCAACCGCUAUCGGGACACGCUGAGGCGGGCCAUUUUGGUAAUGAACCCUUCGACAGCCAAGUCCUUCAUUACUGAGGUUGUGGAAGCCAAUUUGGUUGCUUUUGACUGUCACUGGAUCAUUAUAAAUGAGGAAAUCAAUGAUGGAGACGUACAGGAUCUGGUGAGAAAGUCAAUUGGAAGAUUAACAAUUAUUAGACAGAGUUUUCCUGUGCCACAGAACAUCAGUCAGCGCUGUUUGCGUGGGAACCACCGAAUAUCUUCAUCACUUUGUGACCCGAAAGACCCCUUCUCUCAAAAUAUGGAGAUUACCAACCUUUACAUAUACGAUACGGUGUUGUUGCUGGCAAAUGCUUUUCAUAAGAAGCUGGAGGACCGAAAGUGGCACAGUAUGGCUAGCUUGACAUGCAUUAGGAAGAAUUCCAAACCCUGGCAAGGAGGGAGAUCUAUGCUGGAUACAAUCAAGAAGGGUGGAGUGAAUGGCUUGACAGGAGACUUGGAGUUUGCAGAAAAUGGAGGAAACCCCAAUGUUCUGUUUGAGAUCCUAGGGACAAACUACGGAGAGGAACUGGGCAGAGGAAUCCGUAAGCUGGGCUGCUGGAAUCCUGGCACUGGUCUCAAUGGAUCACUAACAGAUAGAAGACUGGAAAAUAACAUGCGGGGAGUAGUUCUCCGUGUAGUUACUGUGUUGGAGGAACCAUUUGUGAUGGUGUCAGAAAAUGUUCUGGGCAAACCAAAGAAAUAUCAGGGUUUCUCAAUUGAUGUCCUGGAAUCUUUAUCUACUUAUCUUGGCUUCACAUAUGAAAUUUAUGUUGCACCAGAUCAAAAAUACGGGCUUCCACUGGAAAAUGGGACUUGGAAUGGACUGAUUGGAGAACUAGUAUUAAAGAGAGCUGAUAUAGGCAUUUCUGCAUUGACGAUUACACCAGACCGGGAAAACGUGGUCGAUUUUACAACGCGCUACAUGGACUACUCGGUGGGGGUCUUGCUGCAAAAGGCUGAAAAAACCAUGGAUAUGUUUGCUUGCCUGGCACCAUUUGACCUCUCCCUCUGGGCUUGCAUCGCUGGCACAGUGCUGCUCGUCGGACUCUUGGUCUAUCUUCUCAACUGGCUUAAUCCUCCGCGGCUUCAGAUGGGAUCGAUGACCUCCACAACCCUCUACAACUCCAUGUGGUUUGUGUAUGGAUCCUUCGUGCAGCAAGGGGGAGAAGUUCCCUAUACUACACUGGCAACUCGAAUGAUGAUGGGUGCCUGGUGGCUGUUUGCCUUGAUCGUCAUUUCAUCCUACACUGCAAAUCUAGCGGCUUUUCUCACCAUCACUCGCAUUGAGAACUCCAUCCAGUCUCUUCAAGAUCUCUCCCGGCAGACGGAUAUUCCUUACGGCACCGUUUUAGAUUCUGCAGUCUAUGAACAUGUACGGGUGAAAGGCAUGAAUCCUUUCGAGAAGAAUAGCAUGUAUUCGAAGUUGUGGCAGAUGAUCAACCGAAGUAACGGGUCUGAGAACAACGUGCAAGAAUCCCAGAUUGGCAUUCAUAAGGUCAAAUAUGGAAAUUACGCCUUUGUUUGGGAUGCCGCCGUUUUGGAAUACGUUGCUCUAAAUGAUCCAGAUUGUUCCUUCUACACCGUUGGAAAUACUAUUGCAGAUCGAGGAUACGGAAUUGCUCUUCAACAUGGAAGCCCCUACAGAGACGUCUUCUCACAAAGGAUUCUAGAACUUCAGCAGAACGGACACAUGGAUCUACUGAAGCAUAAGUGGUGGCCAAAGAAUUCCCAGUGUGAUCUGCACUCCUCGGUGGACCCCAAAUAUAAAGGCGGCGCCUUGGACAUAAAAAGCUUUGCAGGUGUUUUUUGCAUACUGGCAGCUGGGAUUGUUCUCUCCUGCUUAAUUGCCAUGUUGGAAACAUGGUGGAAUAAAAGAAAAGGCUCACGGGUUCCUUCAAAAGAGGAUGACAAAGAAAUUGAUCUAGAGCAUCUCCACAGGCGUGUGAACAGCCUCUGCACAGAUGACGAAAGUCCCCAUAAACAGUUUUCCACUUCAUCCAUUGACUUGACUCCCCUGGACAUUGACACUUUGCCCACGCGUCAAGCCCUGGAGCAAAUCAGUGACUUCAGGAACACUCACAUCACGACCACAACUUUCAUACCAGAGCAGAUCCAGACUCUUAGUCGCACACUUUCAGCUAAAGCUGCUUCUGGAUUCCCUUUCGGCAACGUGCCUGAACACCGGACUGGCCCUUUUAGGCACAGGGCUCCAAAUGGGGGCUUCUUCAGAAGUCCCAUCAAAACAAUGUCUUCAAUUCCGUAUCAACCCACUCCGACUCUAGGGCUUAACAUCGGCAACGAUCCAGACCGAGGCACGUCCAUCUAA